AUGGGUUACGUGUUGGUGAUAUCGGUGCCAAUGGUACUGUUCAUAUUAAUAGUGGGGGUGGCGUGUUACCUUUUCGGAAGGUCAAGAGGCCGAUCCCAAGCUCAAACCUACGGAGUUCCAGCUCCGCCUCCCUUGCCCAAACCUUGA